AUGAGACAUUUCUGCAGGGUACCUUCAUACAAGCAUCGAUCCACCACCGGCGUGUACCAAGCUUCAGGAAUUUCCUUCAAGAAGGAAAGGUGUAUAGCAUUGCCAACUUUGAAGUCAUCCCAGAUUACGACCGAUACAAGAGUAUUACAGUAUUCUGAAUACCUAGCAUUGGCAAAUACCAACUUACAAUUACCAGAUGUUGUCGGACAACUACUAAGUGUCCAAGGAGCAAAUCUUCAAGACACCACCUCCACUCAGAAGAUUGUUAUGUUUCUCAUGCUGAAAUAG